AUGGGCUGACAACUUCACCGCGGGGGGCUGCGGCGGGAGUGCAGAGCACAGCUUCCAGCAUCCCUUCCUCCAGGCCGUGGGAAUGUUCCUGGGCGAAUUCUCCUGCCUGGCUGCCUUCUACAUCCUGCUCUGCAGGGACCGGCAGAGAGCAGAGCCCAGUCUGGCCCCCGCGCAGCCCUUCAACCCGCUGCUUUUCCUGCCCCCGGCGCUGUGUGACAUGACUGGGACCAGCAUCAUGUAUGUGGCCCUGAACAUGACCAGUGCCUCCAGCUUCCAGAUGCUGCGCGGGGCGGUGAUCAUCUUCACCGGGCUGCUCUCGGUGGCCUUCCUAGGCCGCAAGCUAGUGCCAAGCCAGUGGCUGGGGAUCCUGGUCACCAUGGCCGGGCUGGUGGUGGUCGGGCUGGCGGACAUGCUCGGCACCCGCGACGAGACGCACAAGCUGAGCGAGGUCAUCACAGGUGACCUGCUCAUCAUCAUGGCCCAGGUGAUCGUCGCCAUUCAGAUGGUGCUGGAGGAGAAGUUCAUCUACAAACACGACGUGCACCCGCUGCGGGCCGUCGGCACGGAGGGUUUCUUCGGCUUCGUCAUCCUGUCCCUGCUUCUGAUCCCCAUGUACUACAUCCCGGCGGGCAACUUUGGCGGCAACCCGCGGCAGGUGCUGGAGGACACGCUGGAUGCCUUCUGCCAGAUCGGCCGCCAGCCCCUCAUUGCCCUGGCCCUGGCGGGCAACAUCAGCAGCAUCGCCUUCUUCAACUUCGCCGGCAUCAGCGUCACCAAGGAGAUCAGCGCCACCACCCGCAUGGUGCUGGACAGCCUGCGCACCGUGGUCAUCUGGGCCGUCAGCCUGGCUGUGGGCUGGGAGACCUUCCACGGCCUGGAGAUCCUGGGGUUCCUCAUCCUCCUGACUGGCGCCGCCCUCUACAACGGCCUGCACCAGCCCCUGCUCGCCAGGCUGCCCUGGCGCCGGCCCCCGGCGGGUGCCCUGGGCUCUGAGGCCGAGAGGGAGAAUCUGCUGGGAGGGGAGAGGGCACCCAUCAACGGGGACAGCUGAGGAGCCGGACUCCAUGGGGUAUGGAUGCCAGAUCCCAGCACCCCUUCAUUCCCUGGCACUGGGCUGGGACACCGGAGCCCGCCUCUCUGUAUUCUGUUGGCUCUCCUGGGCCUCAGGCGUUCUGGGCAUGGCUCCUCGGGGCUCGAUCCAGCUCCUCCGGGAUGGGAGGUGGGAUUCGGAGAGUGAAGGUCACUAGAGGUGCUCCCCUUCCCUAUUAAAAUGCCUCUGCCCAUCCCCUGAGGAGGCCCUGCCAUGCCACCGGCGCACCUGGGUUAUCCACCCUUUUCUCCCAGGAGGUUGCAGUGACAUCCUGUUCUGUGGGUCCCCCCUUCUCCCCUGACCCCUGCCGCCUGCCUGGGUGCACGACCCAGGGCUGUGCCGGGAUGGGUUUAUGGACCAGCGCCAGCGAAUGCACAUCAGACCGAUGCUGGGAGCUGCUGCCUCUGAAGGAGACACCUGGGCUCAGAGCCAGGCAUGCACUUGUUGGUGACCUUCAUCGGGGGCCAUCUUUACCUUCUCCCCUGCCCUCCAAGGAGGAGGACUUGCUCUACCCACCUAGUUCCUGCUCCACCUGCAGUGUCUAACCGUGUAACUGGAGGAAACCAUUCUGCCAGGCUGGUGGGACAGGCCCACGACCCCUCUUCUGCCCCGCUUGCAGAUGGAGCCCGGCGGAGCAUUGGUUACGGCCGUAAACCCUGGAAGCUCUUUGCCUUGGCCGUCUCCUUACACAGAGCUGAAGCCGUCUGCAGGGUGGGGCCCUGUUUGCUGCACCCAGGGUGGCAUUGGGGGAUUUUAAUGCUGCCCGUUGCCUCCACUGGCCCCUGGGUGCUGGGCUACUGGGGGCCAGUAGAGCAUAGGUGGAGGGUGGGGGCGUGCUGUGCCAUGUGCAGUAAAGUGUACAAUUCCGUGCGUGCAAGGCAUGACCUUGUGCAAACAGUGUUUGCAAGGUCACACAGGGCGCAGGGGGCCAUUUUGUUCUACAAAAUGGCGUCCUCCCUGCGGGGGCUGGGUGGAAUUGGCCGUAGGGCUGGAGCACGCAGCAUGUACAUAGGCAGCAGGCCCUGGGGGGCUGGUUCACUCCCUGCUCCCUCUGUUGAUGGGACGCUCCGUGGGCUGUCACGCCAGGCAGGGAGCAAUGGAAACUGCUGGACUCACACCAGCCAGGGCGGUCGCUGCCUUACUCACCCUGCAGCGGGGGAGAUACAGGCCUGGCUUGGGGGGGCGCAUGCUGCCAGGGGUUGGGGAGAAGCCUGGGCCUUGUCUCCCUCUUACUGGAAUCGAUCACCCCCCUGCUGGGGCUUCCUCGGCCUGCUGCAGUCAGGGUUGUUCUCUGUUCCCAGCCGUGGCUGGGCCUGCUAGCCAGCUUCCCCCUCCUCCCAUGCAGACCUGAGCCUUUACAUAGGCUCCCCGGUCCCUCAGAGUGCUUGAACUGGCCCCGGGCCUCGCCAUGAGGCACCUCCCCGUGCCCGUCCUGAUUGCUUUCCCUGCCCCUUCCCGUGCAGGAGGGAGGUGGUCCCCUUUCAGAGCCACCGUGCCUGUAUUCCCCCUUCGGCGAGGAUGCCCACUCUCAGCCCCCAGGCUGCUACCGCUCUGGGAUGGAGACCCCUCUCCCUCCCUUCUGACCAGGGUUCCCUGGGUUGUGCCCAGCACAGGCAGGCUGCCCGGGCAGGCCUGCUUGCUUUCCCCUCCGAGCCAGUUCCCAGUGACUGCCGUAGGUCUGGCAACCCCACAGCCCUUCCUCCACUGGGCUGUUUUAUGGUUCAAGUAAAGGCACCGCAGAGAAACCAUUACAAGACCCUGCAUGCACAGCUUACCCCACCCCUCACAUGGGCUCUGGGUCCUUCACCCCCACACUCCAGGGGUUUCGGUGUGGUGUCUAGCUCGUCACAGCUUCAGCUCACACCAAGCACCCCGUCUUACGGGGCCUGGUCCUCCCACCCCUUCCUUGAGGAUUGGGGCCCGCUGUGGACCAGAGGUCCUAUCUGGGCUGGCUCAGGAGAAAGGCCCUGUGUACCUUUAAAACCAGGCUAUUUAUCCAGAAAUCCUUUCUUUGGCCCCUGGAGAAGGGAGUUCGAACUUGGCUUGCGUUUCUCCCCGGGGGCUGGCUUCAAAGGGCUGAUAACUGGAGGAAAUCGGGUAGCAUCCCCCUUCCAGCUGCACAAUUGCAUGUUUAACACAAUGGGCCCCGUGGCAUUAACGUUUAACUCACUUCAGUAACGUGAAUCUGACUUCCCCAAGGCUUGUCCAGGAUACCGCAGAACGGGGUCAGGCUGUAGGGAGCUGAACGGGUGGUGAGCCUGGGUUCUCUCUCUUCGCUCUCCUCUGCAUUUCUCCUCCCCAGCUCGCUAAUUCCCUCCUUCCCAUGCACCCUCCCAACCUCCAAUAAAAUUCCAAACUUUUCUCUCUUACACAAUGGAGUAAAAGCAGCCCCGUCUCUCUCCCUCUAUCCACUGGCAUGUGCCCCCUCUGCCCACCUGCUUUCCUGUUCUGUUUGCAGGGCUCCGGCCAAGUGUGCACCACCUAGCUUCUGCCACCAGGCCAUGAGCUGAUCUGCCCUGUUGUAGUGCAUGCAGGGUGAGAUCCUCCAUCCUCAGGCCCCAACCAUGGCAGACACUGGGACUGAGAGGGCCGUGCCUGUAUUUGGGGCUGCUAUGAUGGAUGUCACAUCCCCCAAACCUUCCAGCUUCAUGGACAUGUGCACUUCCAGCGCAUUGCCGGAGCGAGGAGGGGGGCAAGUGACUUGGGACAAGGGGGGAAGAGAAGCUGUAUGCAGGGCCUGCUGGGCUCCUAUGAUGUGGAACUGCAGCCCGGAGAAACUAGCAUCCUUGGAGCCGAUGCUGAGGCAAAGCACCGUCUGGCUGGGUUGGCAGAGAUGCCCCCCGUUAGCCUGCAGAGGUGCCAUGCCCUGAGUGCCUUGGCUGGACAGGGCACUGGUGCUGCGGCCCCAUGCCACCACCUGGGGGCACUGCACACAGCCUGCAGCAGGCGCUCAGAUGUCAGGGUGAUGGGUGGCUGUUGAAGAUCCCAGGAUGGAGGGUCCUGGAAUGUCCCAUGCAAUGCAAUGCUCUGCACGGCAGUGUCUGGGGCCCUUUCCCUGUAUCAGGGACCCCCACCCCCAUCUGCUGCAGGCGGUGCUCCCAAUCCGACACCACUUUCCUCCGAGGAAGAAGCAUGGGGAGGUCAUGACAGAGAGCUGGGGGCUUGGGCUUCUUUGUAGAGCUGUGGGAAAAUGCACCCCUGUGUGCAAUGGCUCAUGGGGGGGGGAGGAGGAUUUGGCUCUGGGGAGAGGGCCAAAGGAAGGCAGAUGCACAAAUUAAGUCCUGCUUACAGGGCUGAAGUGGGACUUGGGUGCUGCCUUGGCCUUGCACUGACCCUCGACGCAGGGCUGAAUUCCUCUCCUUCCCCAUGGAGGAACCCCAUCUCUAGGUGAAGGGGGGACUUCUCCACUGACCCACAAGAAGGUGCCCCUGCCAUGCCACAUAGCCCCCUUCUCCUAGGAACUCACUCUGCAGUGUCUGUAACUCAACAAUUCACACAUGUGCAGGCAGUGCAGCUUACUGGGGUGGUGCUUGGAGCAUCUCCUAUCAGGAUUGUGGCCCUGUUACGCUAGGUGCUGUACAGAUCCUUAGGGAGAGAGAGCCCCUGGCCUGAAGUGCUCAUGCACUAAGUAUAAGAUAGGAGGCAGCAGGUGAAUACAAUGAUCAGGAUGAGUAAGGAAACCAUAAGUUGAUUAGAGGAAGGAUGGCUGAGGGGUUUGGAAGACAGGAGUUCAAGUCUUCAUUCUGACAUAGAUUCCCUGCAUGCACUUGAUAUACACUUAGCCUUUCUGUGCCUCAGUUUCCCCUUUGCAAAAUAGGAGUGAUUACGCCCUACCUCACGUUUCAGUACAGCAAAGAUUGUGCACUUGUGUUUCGGUUUAAAGAUCAUAAGAUACUCCGGUGCCAUGGUGGUGGGAGCCCUAUAAAAUACGUAGGCUUGGAAGGGUUAGAUUUAUGUCAGAAAACAUCAAUUUCACCAGACUCACAGAAACUGAGCAAACAAUGUUUUCAUCAGUCAUCAAAAUUUACACAUAGUCCCAGUAAGAAAAAUGCUGCUUGAAAACUUUCAAUUAGAGUGAAAAUCCAGCGCUUCAGAGUUUUGAAUUAGGCUGGUUACAAAUGGCCGCGCGAACGAACAAUAAAACCAGAUUUGCUUGGUUGAUUUUGGGAUCGUUUCGAUGUGUAUUUUGACAUGUGACAUUGACAAUUUGGGUCUGAACAGUUUAUACAGCUUUUACUUCUUUAAUCUUACUAUUAACUGACAUUAAAUAAUUGCUGGCCCCUCCCUCCCAUGAUUUCCCACAACUAUGAACCUUUAAAUUGAUAAACAUCAAAAAAUGCUUCAGAAUAAAACAGAGAUUAGCCACGAAACUACAAAAAUAAAAAUGAAAUUCUGCCAA